AAUGGUUCUCAUUCAGAGACUGAGUGUCUCCUUGUCUUAUCUCCUUUUCCCUAGAUGGAUCCCUGCUCUUUCAGCAAGUGCCAAUGGUGGAGAUUGAUGGCAUGAAGAUGGUGCAGAGCAGAGCCAUUGCCAAUUACAUAGCAACAAAGUACAACCUCUACGGGAAGGACCUGAAGGAGAGAGCCCUAAUCGACAUGUAUGUGGAAGGAAUGUUUGAUCUGAACGAGCAACUCAUGUCCUAUGGUUUCCAACCAGCAGAUAAGAAAGAGCAACAUUUUGCUAAUAUGGUGGACAAGACCACAAACAGAUACUUCCCAGUCUUUGAGAAGGUUUUGAAAGACCAUGGACAAGACUUUCUUGUUGGCAACCAGUUAAGCAGGGCAGAUGUGCAGUUACUUGAAAUCAUUUUAAUGGCAGAAGAGUGCAAACCUGAUAUCCUUGCCAAAUUUCCUCUCUUGCAGAGUUUUAAAGCAAGAAUAAGCAAUAUCCCCACAAUAAAGAAAUUCCUGCAGCCUGGCAGCCAGAGGAAACCACCAAUACGACCAGAAGAGGUGCCCAAAGUGAUAGCAAUUUUCCACUGAGCAGCAGCCUAAAGCCACAGAAACUCUCAUUUCAUUGUGUUUGCUGAUUGUGGCAAAGAGAAAUGAAUGAAAACAGUGAAAAGGUUUUUGAUCUCUCUUUCCUUAGCUACAGCACUGGUUUGAGACUACUGUUAACACUUCCUAGGGAAAUCUAUACAAGCAUACCAGAAAAUGGAAUAGUUCACUGAUUGGGAGUAUAUUGGACAACACAAUUAUCUUAAAUGACUAAAGAGAAUACCUGAAAUAAAGUCUUACUAUUGACACUCAAA